CCUCUCCAGCCAAUCCCGUCUGAGCAACGGUUCUGCCCCGAACAAAGAUGGCGGGCAAGGCCUCCGUGAGGGCAAACUGAUCCGCUCAGCCGAGCCCACGCCGGACAGCCUUAGCAGUGGAAGCGGCGCGGCCCGGAGCAUGGAGGGGGGCGGCAGCGCUAGCUGCGCUGGCAGCGCUGGCAGCGACAGCAGCACCAGCGGGAGUGGCGGGGCGCAGCAAAGGGAGCUGGAGCGCAUGGCUGAGGUCCUGGUCACCGGGGAGCAGCUACGACUAAGGCUGCAUGAAGAAAAGGUUAUUAAAGAUAGGCGACAUCAUCUCAAGACCUACCCAAACUGUUUUGUUGCGAAAGAACUGAUUGACUGGCUGAUUGAGCACAAAGAAGCCUCCGACAGAGAGACAGCAAUUAAGCUUAUGCAGAAAUUGGCAGACCGUGGCAUUAUUCAUCAUGUGUGUGAUGAGCAUAAAGAAUUCAAGGAUGUCAAACUCUUCUACCGCUUUAGAAAGGAUGAUGGUACCUUCCCACUGGACAACGAGGUGAAGGCCUUCAUGAGAGGACAGAGGCUCUAUGAGAAGCUGAUGAGCCCUGAAAACACACUCCUGCAGCCCAGGGAAGAGGAGGGUGUCAAAUAUGAACGCACCUUCAUGGCGUCUGAAUUCCUUGAUUGGCUGGUUCAGGAAGGCGAGGCUACCACAAGGAAAGAGGCGGAGCAGCUUUGCCACCGGCUUAUGGAUCAUGGCAUUAUCCAGCAUGUGUCCAACAAGCACCCAUUUGUGGACAGCAAUCUUCUCUACCAGUUCAGAAUGAACUUCCGUCGGAGGAGACGACUGAUGGAGCUUCUCAAUGAGAAGUCCCCCUCCUCCCAGGAUACGCACGACAGUCCCUUCUGCCUGAGGAAGCAGAGCCACGACAAUCGGAAAUCCACCAGCUUUAUGUCAGUCAGCCCCAGUAAGGAGAUCAAGAUCGUGUCAGCUGUGCGGAGGAGCAGCAUGAGCAGCUGCGGCAGUAGCGGCUAUUUCAGCAGCAGCCCCACCCUCAGCAGCAGCCCCCCUGUGCUCUGCAACCCCAAGUCUGUGCUAAAGAGACCCGUCACUUCAGAGGAACUCCUGACCCCCGGGGCUCCAUACGCCAGGAAAACAUUCACGAUUGUUGGGGACGCAGUUGGCUGGGGCUUUGUGGUGCGCGGAAGUAAGCCAUGCCACAUCCAAGCCGUGGACCCCAGUGGCCCUGCAGCUGCAGCAGGAAUGAAGGUCUGCCAGUUUGUUGUCUCUGUCAACGGACUCAACGUGCUGCAUGUAGACUACCGGACCGUGAGCAAUCUGAUCCUGACGGGCCCACGGACAAUUGUCAUGGAAGUCAUGGAGGAGUUAGAGUGCUGAGCUGCAGGACCACCCAGCCCUUCAGUGGCCUGUGGGUGAUCAAAGCCAGAACGGUGCCAAGCAAUGCAGAGACAAGACUUCCAUGCAAGUGGAUGGCUUUGGACAUACAAACUUUUCUCUGUACAUACUCAUCUUCAGUUGAGUUUCAUACACUGAAUGUGGAAGAAUCGGGUAACACAUCUUUUAAAAAGCAUCAGUGCAGAAAGCAUUUGGGAAAUAGAGCUUUCCUACAAAAUUGCCUUACUAGAUUUCUAUUUGUGAUUCUGGCUCAUUGUUUUUAUCUUUGUUUGCAGAAAGUUGUUGACUUCUGGCCAAAGUUGCUUCUCUGGCCAAAAUCACAGCAUGCUGAAAUUCUUUUUUAUAGGAGCUAAUGGAGUGAUUGUUCAGACUUUAAAUGGUGCUUUCACCAAAAUAAGCAUGGAAGUAUUUGAAAGCAGAUCUGAAGUCCACUGUUGCAAAUUAAAGCAACAUCCAAAGAAGUGUGAUUUGUUAACCAGCAUUUUAAAGAAGGUUCUAAAUCACUCAAGUUCUUAAAAGCCAAUAAGAAAUUAUUUUCUUAAUUGUUACCUUUAAUACCAACUUUUAACACAUUUCAAUCAUUCAUGGCAUUAGCAAAAAAACAAAAACACAAACAUGCUGUGAUGCCAUGGGUGGCGACAGACAGGGAGAUACUACUUAAAACUGUUUAGCCCUGUUUUCUCUUUUUGAGGUUACAAUGUUUUGUUCUAUAAGUCAGCUACAGCAGCUUUCUAGAAUGAAUUCCAAAUAUGUUGAAUGUGAAAACAGAGAAGAUUGUAUGCACACAUAUAAAAUUCAAAAUGAGCCUUUCUGGCAAGAUUUCAUUUUGAAAGUGUCACUUUUUAAGGGAAGUAUUUCAGAACUUGGCCCAUCAUCUGUGAUGAAACUUGAAACUUCAAAAUAACCUUCUUCGCCUAACUUUUUACUAACAUUAUAAUGUAACAUAUUUGAAGGACAUGACAUGCUGCUUAUUGGAGAUUUUUUUUUUUGCCAAAAUCACUAUCUUGUUUUAUACUUUUCAUCUCAUUUGUGUAUAUGCAUGUAUCUCUUUUGGUCUAGAAAAGGGUGCAUAUGGGGGUUGAUGUGUAGAGGAAAGUCCUCAAAGUGCCAAAUUAGGGAGUCAGGAAAUACAAAGUCUUUUCAUUUCACAUCCUGAAUUCCGAAUGAUGAGGUUACUUAUCUUGCAUUAAUAAAAUAACACAUGAAUGUUUUAGCUCAGCCAUUUCUUUGGAAUAGGUUAUCUACCAAAUGUGUUGGUCCUGGUGGAAUAGACAUACAGUGCUCAAGGUGUUUUAUAUAUACAUGUAUAUAUAUAAUGUGUCACACACAUGUCAGUGUUUCUUUCCUGCUCUGUAGCAUUAGUUUGAAAAUAAGAUUUUGAAGUACUAUUGAAAUGUCUAACAUUAGUACUGUCAUUCUGCCUUGAAACAAAAUUAACACUUCUGUGUAUGUGCGUUUAUACUGUAUGCCAGACUCUGUAUUAUGGCAUUUAAUGUAUAUGAUCUUUGUUAAUGCUUAUCACAGCCCUGCAAGGUAGAUACUAAUAGUCACAUAUUUCAGAUGUGGCAACUAAGUCUGAACAGAUGAAAAAUGUUUGCUAAGUCUGCACACAGCUACAGAAACUACUAAGCAAUACAGCCUGAACUCAGACAAGGGCUUGUUUAAAGCUAAAGCCUGUGUUACCCCUCCCCCAGUCCUGCUCCAUUUGGGGAUCUUAUACUGAGUGCUUAUUCUGUGCCAGAUGCUGUGGGACUUUAGAUCAUUUAGCCUAAUUGCUCUGUGAGGUCCAUGCUGUUUAUCCCCUUUUGUAAAUGAGAAGACUGACCCUUGACGAGGGUGGUCCUAAACCCAAGGCCACACAGUGAGUAAGUGGAUGACCUUUUUUCACCAUAAAACAUUGUUAUAGCAUCUUUAAAAGAUAAGUCUUAACUGCUUUAUGCCUGCUGGUAUUUGUUGACAAAAGAAGAGGAAACGUCUUUCAGGAGAUGAAAUCUUCUUGCCUGCUUCUUCCAUUUUCUGCUUGCAGCCUCCUCCCCGUUGCUUUGGACCCUGGCAUCUAUAACUUCCCUGUAGCCGGUUCAGGCACCAGAGAAGCUGAUCUCUUUAUCUACUCUACACGGUUCCUCCUGCCCUCAAGGAAAGCAGACAGAGAUGGAGGAAACUUUCCCAUCAUCCUCAGUGUAAAGGCCAAGUGCCAAAGAUCCUCUUAAGGCCACGAGAGCUACUCCUGCCUCCUGCCCCUGACAUCCUCACUCAGCAAUGAAAAUGAAUGCCCUCACUUCCCUAGGGCCCCCUCUCCCUCACUCUAGCCUUGGCACAGGUACUUUCUCCUCCCUAAGAUGUUCUUUAUUUUCCCUCUUUGGCCAGAGAUUGUUUUUCCUUAAGAACUCUCUAUGGAUACCAUUUCCCCUGAGAAGCCUGUGUCAGCUACCCAGUUCUGGGAUUAAUGCCCCUUUUCUAAAUUUCAGUGGGCUCUUAAACCACCGCCCCACCCCCUUGGAACACUGCUGACAUUUACUUUGAUAUUAUUCCGUUGCAUGUCUGUCUCACUAACUGCACUCCAAGCAUGUGUGAAAUAGGGACUGUAUUGGUAUCAAGGUUGCUCCCUUCACCCAGCACAAGUUUUGACACAGUAGUAUGUCAAUUGUCCACUGUUGUCUAAUAGAUCGCCCCAAAUUGUAGCUACUGCAGCACUACCUACGAACUCAUGGUUCUGUAGGUGGGCACUUUAGACAGAACUGCUUCAUGAAGGCCAGCAGAUCUACACACAUUUAGGUCAAGGAGCAGGUGAGUCAGAGGCUGGUUGAUUUUGGAUGGCCCCAUGCAUGUCUCGAGGUUGGCGGAGCUUUGCCCAGUACAUGCAGCUCCACUCCUUGUAGUAUUUCUCCAUGGUUAGUCCAGGCUGAGAUCAAAGAGGGUGAGGUUAGAAACCCUAGGACUUUUCCUUGACUUGCUUCGAAGUAACAGUGUCACCUUACCACCAUUUUGUGAGUCAAGACAAGUCAUAAAGCUAUCCUAAGGGUAGGGAAAUAAAUUCCACCUUUUGAUGGGAAGAGCUUCAAAUAAUUUGUGGCCAAUGUUAAUCCACCGAGAGUUGGUACCCACUAUUUGUUAAAUAAAAACUCAAGAGGUGACCUAGUUACUGAAAGCUUUUGGUUAUCUAGAUGCACACAACUGGGUAGAUGUGUAAUAUUAAGUCAUGAAUAAAAAUUUCAGUCAGAAAAUCCUAAAAUGAUAGUACUACACAGGGCCACAUAGAACAGUGCAGUCUUUUUAUCUGACUGAUGAGGAAACUUAGAUGUGACUUGGCCGUGUGAUAUGCCCAACCUCUUGAGGCUUGUUGGGUCAGAGUGUGGGCAAAUGCCAGUCUAAUUUCUCUCAGACCUUUACCUGUAGAGAGGAGUCUUCUCCAGUGGAAGAUAAUGAAGCCAAAAUAGGCCUUUGGCUUGAAGAUAUUCAUAAGAUGAAAGCAGUGCCAUGUACCUGCAAAGAUAUGAGAAUAUUCUUUAAUUAUUUCAACUCUUGGAUUCUUAAAUUACAUCAUAAAAAUACAGUAUUUUGGGUGAUAUUUCCAUUGUGUCCUGCUUUAAAAUAAAAAAAUAAAUUCUAGAUGUAUCACCAAAACCUGUCCUAAGUUAAUAAUAAGCGGUGUUUGUAAGAACUCUUAUUUCAUAUAUGUAUGUUUGUAUAAAUAAUCUUCAAAUAGGAAAGGUUAUAGAAUGUGAGGUUUCAUGUAUUGGGAACCUCUGAAAUGUCUUUCUCUUACACUUUAGAAAACACUUUUGAUUUUUAGGGUGUUUGUGGGAUGUAUCUGUGUUGUGAUAGAGAUGCAAGUCAUUUUUGUUCUUUCAUUAGUACAGAAUGCAAAUUUGAAAGCCAUAUUCUAUUAUAGAGAGACAAAAAUGCAGUUGGCUCUUGGAUUGCUUUUUGUCUGUUUUAAAACCAUAUAAGUUAAUACAGGAACUGGUUGAGAAGUGGUGGAUAACAUGAAGAAAAUAACCAUCUUUGCACAGGGUAGAUGUGGUCAACUUCACACCAUCAUAAGAAAGGUGGCUGUAUUGGAAGGGACAGAAAUGAGUAAUUGAAAUUUCAAUUAAUUCAAUUUGGAGCCUUACAUUUCCAAAUACUCAUGCUUUUAAAUAUGUUUAAGAAAUAAUCUGCUUUUAAAAUCUAUUUUAUACAAAUGAUAUUAACUAUUCUCUCCUGUAUUAAUCCUGUUUCAUUUUGAUUAUUAAUGAUCUGAAUAAUUCAAGAACAUUGUGCUAAUCAGUUGAAAUCUAUUGAUGUCAUUGACCAUUGUUUUCAUCAUUUAAGGCAUAUUUCAAGUAUAAUGUAUUUUUCUUAAAUUAAUGCCAAAAUGAUAAAUCUCCCUGUAACAAAAUGAAGUUCAUUAGCAAAGACAGAAUAUGGUAUUGUCGAAUGCACUAGUAAAUGUACUUUCUAUAUAUGUAUAUAUAUACAUAUAUAUACCUUUAUUUUAAAAUUAGGCUGAGAUUUAUUUGCUCUCUUUAUUAAAAAUACUCUUAAAGUUACUGAAUGAAAGCACAUAGGAGUAGAGCAUGAAAUAAAUGUUACGUUUAAAAAAUGACUUUAAGGUUCCAGUUUUCCUGUCUUUUAAAACAAAUUAGCCAUUUUUAUCCUAAGAAAGGGUGUAUUAUAAAACUGACAUUCUUCUAAUUUAUGAGAAUUAUGUGUGAUUCAUCUAAUUCCAUGAUAUAGCCAAAAGUGCCAUUUGUAAAUCUACUUGAUGAUGAAUGUUUUCUGAAAGUCUUUUGUCAAGAAAAAAAACAAAACAAAAAGUACAUUAAAAAGCUUUUUCUGUAUUA